GGAAGUGUUGAGAAACCACCCAGUCAGCUGACUUUGGUUACAUGCAGUUUCUUAUACCUCUGCAAGCAUUAUCUCAGCUCAGUUGGUACUGUGCACUGGACACGAUCAUCACCAGCAGAGAACAGAAAUUUUAAACAGAUUUUCACACUUAGAAGAAAUGGGUGAUUAUGGUGAGGUUGACUAUAAUGAAAAUGCGUCCUACACUUAUGAUGAUUCCUUCAAUAUCACUACACGUGAAGAGCCAAUUUUUCACCACAAGCCAACAUGUGAAGGCUCCUGUGUGACUUUAGUCAUAAUUAAUGUGAUCAUUUUCCUGCUGGGCAUCUGUGGGAAUGGUUUGGUCAUCUGGAUUUCUGGCUUCAAGAUGAAGAAAACAGUCAACACCAUAUGGUACCUGAGCCUUGCGCUCUCUGACUUUAUGUUCUGCUCCUUCAUCCCAUUCACCAUUGCCUACACGAUGACUGAGGAGUGGAUUUUUGGCCGCUUCUUGUGCAAGUUUAUCCCGUCAGUUAUGUUCCUCAACAUGUUCAGCAGCAUCUUCGUCCUUGUCAUCAUCAGCGUCGACCGCUGUGUUUCAGUCAUGUUUCCAGUUUGGGCUCAGAACCAGCGCACUGUUAAAAAGGCAUUAGUUGCUGUUGUCAUGGCGUGGUUGCUCGCCAUUGCAUUUAGCAUUCCCUCUAUGAUUUUUCGGGAAGCUAAGGACCACCUAGGUCGGAUGAUUUGCUUCAACAGUUACACACACCAACACGGUCACAAGUUUGUUGCAGUGAGCCGUAUCAUCGCUGGCUUUGUUAUCCCUUUCAUCAUCAUUACCAUCUGCUACUCUGUCAUCAUCCUCAAGCUUCGAACCAACAGGAUGGCCAAAAACACCAAACCAUUCAAGGUGAUGACUGCUCUGAUUGUUGCGUUCUUUAUCUGCUGGCUCCCAUACCAUGUGUUCAUCCUACUUGAGCUGAACCCCCACCACCACAGCCUCACCAUUUUGAGGAUCGGACUCAAAGCAGGCACUGCUUUGGCAGCAGCAAACAGUUUCCUCAAUCCUGUGUUGUAUGUUUUCAUGGGCAACGACUUCAGGCGUAAGUUUAAGAGCUCUCUGCUCUCAAAGAUGGAGAAUGCAAUGGGAGAUGAAGGUCGUACCACCAGCCGUUACCUGUCCAGGUCCAGCUCCAUGGACGGCAGAGCCUCUACACACAUCUAGAGGUGCAAAAAUCACCCCAAACUGUUUCAGUCAGUUGGUUCACUGGACAACAAAAAUAAUGUUUAAAAAUGUGCAAUCAAUCAACAUGUAAAAUAUGUCUUUACUUGGAGAAGGAGAACCGUGAAUGAACUAUGUAUAUUCCAGCUGUAAAAAUGACCGUGUAUUAUACAUUAGACUCAAAGCAUUACCUGUAUAUUAAGUGUUGUACUAAAAUAAAAUGAAUUAAAAACAAUCGUAUGACAUACCUUCAUGCAUCAAGCAUCUCAAAGAGGUGCAUGCAUUUGCAGAUCACUUUCUGAUUCUUGCGACACUCCUGCAUGGUUGGGUGGUUAGUAGAAAGUCUGAUUUGACUGGUAAAACACUAAAACAAGAAGGAAAUAACUUGUGUCUGUUGGUGGAACAGACACAAGUUUUGACUUGCUUCCUUGACAUCUUAAUUAAAAGUUAAACAAUGGAUAAUGAAGAGUACUCACAAAAUUGUGGUUCUAAUUAGAUAUAUAACAAUGCAUUAGAGUUUCAUGUUGCAACACUUCAAGAAGGGUAACUGACCACAAUACAGAGUGUGACAGGGUGAAGCUCAGCCAAUCACACAAUCUGUAUUUGCAGAUACUGUGCAACAAUUUAUGUUAUUUCAUGUAUGAGUGCUACGAAUGGAGUUGUAGUUGUAAAAGUUUGACUUUUGUUGCUGCUUUUCUUUGUUUCUGAGAUUAAACAAGAUCCAUUACA